AUGAGCGAGGAGUUGGAUGAUUAUAUGUCGGAUGACUUCCUGACAGGAGCAAAAGAUGUAAAACCAGGUCAUAGCAUGAGUGCAAAGUUCAGUGCAUCGAAGCAUCUAUUUCCAGAAAAGGCCCUCCGCGAAGAGGCAUUGAGUAAGCCGGUUCCGGAAACAUCCAAGGGUUUUGCGCUCCUGGCUAAAAUGGGAUUUAAACCGGGAAUGAGCCUGGGAAAAAAGAAAGACGAGAACGAUCUCGGAUCUGGUAUUACGGAGCCUAUUCCUGUCGAAGUGAAGGCUACGAGAACGGGAUUAGGGCAUGCUAAUGAGCAGGAGAAGCAAGCAAAAUUGAGGAUUCAACAAGAAAUGGAACGCAUGAAGCGGCGAGCAGAGCAACACGCUGAACUGACUGAAGAAUACAAGAAGAGGAAACGGGAAAUGUCUAAUACAAAGGAUCUGAUUAAAGAUAUCGUAUCUAGUAGGAAAAUAUGCGUUGAGCUGGACUUGAGAUUCUACUACGCAAACGGAAAGGAGGCUCCUGAGGAGGAGAGAUACGACGAAUUGCCAGAUGAAAUUCUCCAUGAAAAGCUGAUCCGCAUAACUCGCUAUCUCCGCUAUACACACCGCUAUUGCAUUUGGUGUGGUUGUCAAUUUGAGAAUUCUGAUGAGCUCGAUAGCUAUUGCCCUGGACAGGAUCGACAAGCUCACGAUUCCAUUGACGAGUGA